AUGGCGACUGAUAGCAUCAAAAAUUAACGCGCUGGUCAGUGGGUCGCCCUCUUAACGCAUAUUAUGCCGACCAUUCUUGUUAAUCGGGUGUAAUAUAUCCUCUACGAUAAUUUUGUGAGAAGUAAAGUGUGCAAAGAUAUUACCGGCGAAGUGGCUGUGGUCACCGGUGCGGCAGGUGGACUGGGCAAAUGUAUCGCUAUAGAAUUGGCCGCCAGGGGAUGUCAUGUCGCUAUAUGUGAUAUUAAUUUCGAUUUGGCUGUGACGACAGCUAAAGAAAUCGCCAAUAAGUAUGGCGUCAAAGCAAAAGCUUAUAAGGUGGACAUCACCAAAUUCGAUGAAAUUGUAGAACUCAAUGAGCAACUAACCAACGACAUUGGCGUCGCCACUAUACUCGUGAAUAAUGCAGGGUUGCUGGUGCACUCUGAUCAGCUAAAUCCCACAGUGCAGGAAAUUGAAGCCAUGGUUAAGGUCAAUUACUUGUCACAUUUCUGGACAAAUCGCGUAUUUCUCCAAAACAUGAAGCAAGCCAAACGAGGCCAUAUUGUGGCCAUCAGCUCGUUGGCUGGUCUGAUUACGCUGCCACAAGCCGAACCAUACUGCAGUGCUAAGACCGCCGUGCGCACUCUAAUGCGUGUCUUACGCGCUGAACUGAGACUAGCCGGCAUUACGGGCAUUGGCACGACCACAGCAUUUCCCUUCUUUUUGCAAACUCACGCAAGGGUGGAAGAGCUUAUUCAGGACACUGGUUAUGCAGAAAUGUAUCCAAUUUUAAAGGGCGAAGAUGUGGCUGAGCGAAUUGUGCGUGGCAUGCUGCGUGGUGAAGUGGAGAUUGCGAUACCCGGAUUCUUUAUGAUUAUCUAUCGCUUUAUAACGCUUUUGCCGGCACGAGUUAAGGAUUGGUUCUUCACUGUCCAUCAUUAGCUAGUUUUAUUCACCAACGCGUGUUGACAUCACUAAAAAGGCAAUAAAUUUAUGUUUUCUUGGUUUAUAAAUGUAGUUAAUUUCUCAAAUAAAUAUUAUAGACCAGUCAAA